AUGGGUAAUGUUCCAGGUAAACUAGAAGAUGAAAAUCGUGCUAACGAUGUUAAUGUAGGCCCUGCAACUUUGCCUAGAACAAUAAGUGAUACCAGCGAUAAUUCUAGAAGCAGACGAGGAAAUACAUCAUCUCUUGUUAAUGGGUUUUUAAGAAGUAAUGAGAGAAAUGAUAAAGAUGGUAAAAUGAAAACUUUACGUCAGAGAGAAUUACAAAAGGAGCAACAAGCAAAAGAACUGGUUAUUAAUUAUAAAUCAUCUGUGGAUGGCGGUUAUUUAGCCCCAUUUGGUUGUUAUAGUUUUGAUAAGCUGGAUUAUAAUGCAAAAACUGUUAAAACAUUGAUCAAGAGAAGACAACUGGCGCCAUUUUAUACACCAUUACAAGAUUAUGAUGCUUCUUGGACGGAUGAGGAGUUGAUUAAAAUCGUGGACGGGUUACCAUUACAUUCGGUAUUUGAGGAAAAUCUUGAGGAAUUUGAAGGGAUUCCAACUGGUGAUUUGUAUUCUGAACAGUUUGAUCACUUAAUAAAUAAUGAGUCAGGAACGAUGUCCAAAAGAGAAAGGAAAAAAAUGCAUAAUUUGAUAUUUAAAGCUAGAUUAUAUAAGAAGAGAAUCAUAUGGCAAGAAAUUCAAAAUAAUAUAUUUUUAGAAAAGAAACUGUAUAACAAGAAUAUACUGAAGAAAAAUAAUGGAACCAGUAAGCUAGAUCAAUAUUUGCCAAGUGAUGAACUAAAAUUACAAUUAUAUAGGAAUGGUAAAGAGUGUCCUAUUUGUUUUCUAUAUUAUCCAAAUAAUUUAAACUGCUCAAAAUGUUGUCAGCAACCCAUUUGUACUGAGUGUUUUGUCCAAAUUAAGAGAUCACAUCCUCAUUUUCCACACGAUGAAGAUGAUAAAGAAGAAGAAGAUAAAGAUCCACAGUUAUUAACCUCGGAACCAGCAAAGUGCCCAUAUUGUGCAAGCGAAAAUUUCACCAUUACUUACAAACCUUUGAAAGAUAAUGAGUGUGGUUACCAUUCUAUUCCGUUAAUUAAGUUCAAGAAAGGGAGCACUAACAAUAAAUAUGAUUUAACUGAUGAGGAAGAUUUAAGUAGCGUGUCCAAGACUGACUCAGGAACGGAUUUAACAUCAAACAUAGCAUUGACCUCUCAAGAUCCAUUAGGCAGGCAGCAGACAUACGAGAUAACGUCUGAUACAAUACGUCCAAAUUGGGAAGAGAGGCUCAAAAAAGAAAUAAGUAAACUAGAGCGUAGAUCCGCCAAUGCCACUGCUAUUCAUGUUAGUAAUAGACUAAUACAGGGAUCAAAUGGGAACAAUCAGGAAUCACAAAAUAAUUUAAAUGACCUAGAGCAGCAAAUGAUUGAACAGGCUAUAAAACUGAGCUUGAAAGAAAAUUCACCGAAAAAGAAGAAAUGA